CAUUGAUACACUGGUGGUUUUCCCAAAUACGCUAGGGAUCUGUCAUUGUCGUCAAAUUUCUUGUGGCGAUGGAAGAAAAUGGAAGUAGGGUAAGUGAAACCUGCGAAGGUGGGGGUUCAAAUGAUAGCAUACCUAAUACUGAAGGUCUCAGUCCAGACAGUCCUGAUGAAGCUCCAAAGAAAAGGAAAGCGAUGCAACCUAGAUCUGAUGCUUGGAAACAUUUUGAGAAGUAUGAUGAUCCUAGUGGAGCUAAAAGAGCAAAAUGUAACUACUGUCAAAAAACUUAUGCUGCUGCUACGAAAGAUUGGCUUAGAAGUGAACCUAUUCCUAUUAAAGUUGAGGAAGACUUGGAGUAUCUAGAACAACUAGAACUUGAUCUGGCUGAUAGUGCAAAAGAUUCAACUAUUAUUGACAUAUAGUUGCAACAUGUACCAUGUGUGGUAACUGGU